GAUGUUCUGUUGCCAAGUGGCUCGAGUACGUCAAAUCUACACCUCCUACGUUCCUUCUUCAACAGAAAAGGAAGAAAUCGUUGUGGAGAGGGUAAAUCACGAUGCUGAUACAGUUGGGAACUUUUUGGAGUCGUACCGAAGAAAAAAGAAGAAAGGAAUCAUAGAAGUAGAAUUUAAGGCGAGUAUAGGCGAUCAUUGUAGGGUGAAAUUGACUUCGGCAAUUCAAGACGACGUUGGAUCAACUUACAUAAACGCGUCUUUCGUAGAUGCCUUCAAACGGAACAAAGCGUAUAUAGCCGCGGCUGGUCCGACUAAAUACAGCUUAAAUGAUUUUUGGGAGAUGAUUUGGCAAGAGAACGUUUCUGUAAUCGCUAUGACGACCGAUAUCUUCGAGCACGCUAGGCAACAAUGUGAAAAAUAUUGGCACAACGAACACGCAAUCUUCGGACAAAUCGAAGUGUGGUUAACCUCUACCGAUGUUCUUUCAAAUUUUACCGUUAGACUAUUUCACAUUAAGGAUGUUAGAACCGGAAAAAAACGAUAUGUUAAACAGUUCCAAUAUUCUAAUUGGGCUGAAUCAGAUAAACCAAACGUUUCGUCCCUAUUGGAAUUCCGAAGGAGAAUACGGGCCUCAUACGACUUGCAAGACGGGCCUUUACUUGUCCAUUGUGGUUCGGGGGGAGGAAGAACAGCUACUUUUCUAGCAAUAGAUGCUAUUCUACGAAGAGCGUCUAUAGAUGGUAAAAUAGACAUUUUCAACUAUAUUCGCUUCCUAAUGACCUGCAGGCAGAAUUUUUUUCGUCUUAUGCAACAUUAUGAACUGAUUUACGAAGCCGUAUCUAUGGCAUUACAGUGUGGGAGCACGACAAUUGCGGCUCCUGCCCUAGCGACAGCAGUCCAGAAGAUGGCGGAAGAGGAAGAGUUUGAAAAUGAAUUCUCUGCGUUAAGAAAAGUCGUUACGGAUUUGAGCGUAGGCGAGUGCGCCGGGGGUCAUCGAGCAGAGAACAGAAGAAAGAGUAGAGAUAUCAUGAUUCAACCUCCUGAAAGAUCUCGUCCGUAUUUGAUCACCCAAGACACGAAUGAGAGUACAGAUUAUAUUAAUGCAGUUUACGUCGACGUUAGUUCUUAA